UUUAGAGAGGUUAGGUGUAUUUGUUAAAAACACUGCACCGAUGGCGGAGGAAGAAGUGACAGGCGAUAUUGUGGUACCAAUAUCUGACGAAAAAACAGGAAUGUCAAUCACUCUGUCCAAUGCUGGAGCACGAGAAUGGAUCCAAAAGAAGCGAGCUUCAGUGCGGCCAUGGACGGAAUUCCUGAAGACCAAGCAGUUCAGUAAACCAAAGGGAAUGAAAGAGGUCACAACGCGUGUCAUUUCCAAUGUUGAGACGUAUCAGAGCAACUAUCUCUUUGUUUUUGUUGGUCUACUCGUUUAUUGCCUAAUAACAUCGCCGCUGUUGAUCUUUGCCUUGGUGGUUCUCUUUGGUGCCUGCUACUGGAUAAGAGUGAAGAAUGAGAGCAAGAAGCUUGCUGUUAUGGGCUAUGAGUUUACAUUGUUCCAGCAAUAUGGAGUUUUAGCUCUGCUGUCACUCCCGCUGUUUUUUAUUUCUGGGGCCACAUCAGCUGUAUUCUGGGUAAUAGGUGCAUCGUUCUUCUUCAUAAUGUUACAUGCUGUGAUGUUUGAUCCACUACCAGAAGGAGACCCAGAUGAAAUCAUAAUGGAAGAAGUGUAAGACAAAAGACAAUCUAAGGGCCUUCUCCGCAAUCACAAAAUAUCCUUCGGCCAAUAGAAGCUUCCCUUGCAUGAUGUCACCAACCAUGUUUGCUUUACCACCGCAUCCUCUCCCAGCAGUUGAUAGAACACUCAUUGUGAUUGGCUUAACAUUGGUGUGUGGUUUUUGAAUCUACGGGUAUAAUGGUAGACUUUGGGGACACUAGGUGGCAGCAGACAUCUCCAGUAAAUCCAUUAUUUACAGAAGAGUGCGGUUGACUAGAACUACAAAACAUAAAACCCGAUUGUCAUUCUGCUACCUAGCAACCCCAAACUCUAAAUAGAUCAUCAAAGAGGUUAGUUUUCUGGGUUUUUUUUUAAAGGCCAUACACAAAUAAAGUAAUGGUGAAGGUGCUUUCCAGUGUGAUUUUUUCCUAAUGGUUAAACAUGUUCCUUUUUGAACAACAAGAAGUGUUUGGAACUCCGAAGUGACUUGCUGUUUCAGCCUGAAAGAUUGGUAUGUUUUCCAGUGUUUCUUUCUUACAUGGCCUUGUUUAUGUAUUGUCUCUCUAAAAGCAUUAUGUAUUGUGUACAGGCCUGAAUGCUUCGUAUUUGAAAGGGCAAGGGCACCAAGGCAUUUUCUCCUUGGUAAAGAGCACCCUAUGAGGAAAUUGUAAAUUUCUACU